AUGUUUCGCUAUGCUUUUCGCCCCCUGGCUCCCUUUCCCUGCCCUAGAAGUGCUCGUAGCGCGCGACUUCUUUAUCACGUCACAACAGAUUUUAUCACCCAUAAUACGGGAGGAAAUCUGGUUACCAGAAAGGUGCCUGUUGUUGUUGGCGACCCGGGAGAAACUUUCGUUUUGAUUGAGCAAGAGGUUGGUAGUGCACUCCGUGCUGCUAGUCCCUUUAUAUCAGUAUCUGCAGCUAGUGCUGAAUAUCGUUGUAAACUUACGUUUUUCCACGAUUCCCAACACUUUGGAUUUGGACCAACGAGUUAUCCCCGCCUCUAUGCCCCAAGCCAAAUUCCUCGCCAGACAGAGUUGAAUACAAGCCCUGCAACUUUGUUCAUGGGUGGAAAGAUGCACCAUCUAGUUCUAGAUGGAACACCUGAUGCAAUUUUUGCGGAGAACGCAAACGCUACUGGACGGAACCUGGCAGGCGUACUCGACCAGCUGAAGGAUAUGUGAUGUCAAGAU